AUAAUGACCAUUAUGCCCAUUUUUUAAAGCCUUCCUAUCUCAACUCCUUAUUUAAAUCUCUCACCAAUCUCCCUUUAACCAUCGAUACCUUUCGAUCAGUUUCCAAAACAAAAACCAAAACAACCAUAGUGAUGGAAGUUGAAGCAGCACAAAUGACAAGAUGGGAAGGUUAUGUUGACUGGAGAAACAAGCCUGCCCUUAGAGGUCGCCAUGGAGGCAUGCUUGCAGCUUCCUUUGUUCUGGUUGUGGAGAUAUUGGAGAAUCUAGCAUAUUUGGCAAAUGCAAGCAAUUUGGUAUUGUAUUUGAAAGAGUAUAUGCAUAUGUCUCCUUCUAAAUCUGCAAACAAUGUUACAAAUUUCAUGGGAACAUCAUUUCUUCUUGCUCUUCUUGGUGGUUUCUUGUCGGAUUCAUUUCUCACCACUUAUCAUGUUUACUUGAUAAGUGCACUUAUUGAGUUACUAGGUCUAAUCAUACUCACAAUACAAGCUCAUUUACCAUCACUUAAACCAACAAAGUGCAAUGGAUCAACUCAAUGUGAGGAAGUUAAUGGUGGAAAAGCAGCACUAUUAUUUUCUGGUCUCUAUCUAGUGGCUCUUGGAGUUGGAGGAAUUAAAGGGUCACUACCUGUUCAUGGUGGUGAACAAUUUGAUGAAAGCACACCAAAUGGAAGGAAACAGAGAUCAACUUUCUUCAACUACUUUGUGUUUUGUCUAUCAUUUGGUGCCCUUAUUGCAGUUACUUUUGUUGUUUGGGUUGAAGAUAACAAAGGUUGGGAAUGGGGGUUUGCAAUUUCUACUAUUACUAUGUUUUUGUCUAUUCCUGUGUUCUUGGCUGGUUCAACUACUUACAGGAAUAAGGUCCCUUCUGGAAGUCCACUUACCACUAUUUUGAAGGUACUUAUUGCUGCAUCACUAAACACCUUCACCAACAAAAACUCAAGCAAUGCAGUUGCAAACAUGUCUUCAAGCCCUACAAAUCCAAACACACAAACAAAACAAUCACACCAACAAAUCCAAACCACAAAACCAACCCCAACACCAUCUCAAACCCCAACACAAUCCCUCAAAUUCCUCAACAAAGCAUUCACAAACAAACCAAUCCACACCUCCCUAACAUGCACACUCCAACAACUAGAAGAUGUAAAAAUAAUCUUCAAAAUACUCCCAAUCUUUGCUUGCACAAUAAUGCUCAACUCUUGCUUAGCUCAACUCUCCACAUUCUCCGUCGAACAAGCCGCCACAAUGGACACAAAACUCUUCUCCACCUUCAAAGUCCCCCCGGCCUCACUCCCGGUUUUCCCCGUACUCUUUCUCAUGAUCCUUGCACCAAUCUAUGAUCACAUCAUAAUCCCUUACGCAAGAAAAGUUACUAACUCAGAAACCGGUAUAACUCAUCUCCAAAGAAUCGGAAUCGGUCUAAUACUCUCCAUAAUCGCAAUGGCUAUAGCUGCAAUAGUCGAAAUCAAACGACGAAAAAUAUCCUUACACAAUAAUGAUCCAUUGCCUAUCUCAUUUCUCUGGAUAGGUUUCCAGUAUCUAUUCCUCGGUUCCGCCGAUCUCUUCACAUUAGCUGGACUAUUGGAGUUCUUCUUCUCAGAAGCACCUUCAAGUAUGAGAUCAUUAGCAACAUCACUUUCUUGGGCUUCUUUGGCAAUGGGCUAUUACCUAAGUUCAGUGAUUGUUUCUAUAGUAAACAGUGUUACUGGUAAUGGUAAUCAUAAACCAUGGCUAAGUGGGUCUAAUCUUGAUAACUAUCAUUUGGAGAGAUUCUAUUGGUUAAUGUGUGUGCUAAGUGGGUUGAAUUUUCUUCAUUAUAUGUAUUGGGCUUCUAGGUAUAAGUAUAGAGGAAGAGGGAAUGGUGAUGAUGAAGGAAAUUGAGCACACUUGGUUUCAUUGUUCAUUGAUCAAAUUUUUGAACAAGAAAAUCUUAGGAAGUAGUUUUGUAUAAGUGCUGCAAAUCUCCAAUGUUGUAUCUAGUAGAAUAUAAUUAGUGUAUACUUUAAUUUUGAAAUGUUUUACAAAUGCAUCUAAUGAAUGGUAUAGUAAAAAAAUGAAAAACAGAAAAAGAAAAAAAAAAGAAACAUAAUAUCUACAUCAUUUGUAAUCAUUGUAGCUCUUUUGUAUACUAGUAUUAUCAAUGAGAGCAAAUGGUUUCUUGACUUUCUACACAUUGUGGUGUUUUGAAGAAUGUCAUGGUGUAUGUAACCAUUGGUGGAGCUAUAAAUUUUAUUGGGAGCUAUAAUCUUAAAAAUAAAGUUCUUACAACUAGAAGAAUACUUAAUUUUGGAAGAGUGGAGUUGUGAAUAAGGAGAUAGUUAGCAUACGCACCGAGCUUUGUUAUAAAAUCAGCAUUUUGAUUUCCUUUACGGAUGGUGUUGAUAACUAUAAACAUAGUGUUUUCAAGCAAGCUAUUUGUAAUAUUUUGGAUCAACAUUGCAUGUUUGUGAUAUUUAUUCAAGGGAGUCCCAAUUAGGAUGAUACUGAAGGAUGAGUUU